CGCGAUUAUUAUAAAUUUUAGCUUUCUCGACUUUAUGGAAAAAUGGGACCAAGAUGGUCGACCGGAUUUCAUGGACGUCGCAUGGACUACCGAAAAAUCAAUACAGGACGAACUGGAUAGGACGUCGAAAGCGGAAAUGAUAACGGUGGUUAUCAGUUACCUUGUCAUGUUCGUUUAUGUUGCCUUGGCUCUCGGCAAAAUCAGGGCUUCCAUUGUUGGCUGUUUCACCGAGAGCAAAAUCGUAUUGAGCGUCGGUGGGAUCAUCAUAGUCAUAGCAUCAGUCGGUUGCUCUCUCGGCGUUUUCGGCUAUAUUGGCGUAGCAACCACUCUGCUCACAAUCGAGGUAUAAUAAUUCGAACAUUUAUUAAUUAUUAAUUAAUUCAUUUGAAUUAAUUAAUAAUUAAUUAAUAAUUAAUUUGA